GUCAAGAAUUUGUACCCCUGAGGGUCUUAGCACUGUUGUUUGAUUUGUAUGGUUCUGGAACAGAAGAUACAUUUGUAUUUGAUCAGUAAAACCCAACAUGUCUGAGUGUCAACUUCAUUAUUUUGUUUUCACGUGGUCUUUACUUGUGUUUUUAAGUUUUGAUCUGCUCGUGACAGAAAUCUCCAGUCUCACAGCCCCGCAACAUGAAGCAAGCCCGACAAACACUACUGACGCUCGUUUGGUGGGAGGAGAAAACCGCUGCACAGGUCAGCUGGAAUUAAAACAUCACAAAAAGUGGAGAAUCCUGAAUAUAGGGCAGGAAAGCAGGUCCCUGUCCAGUUUGGCACAGGUGUCCUGCAGGCACAUCGAUUGUGGCUCUCUUGUCUCGAUUCAACACAAAGACAACAAUGACCAUCGACCAGCCUGGGAGGUUAAUUUCCAGUGCCACGGCUUGGAGUCGACCCUGAUGGAGUGCGAAGACAUCCGAGGACAACGCAGGAGAGUGCAGGGAAGGAAUUCAACUUUGGACAUCCUGGAGGUAGUCUGCUCAGAUUCAUUGAAGCUUGAGGGCACUGGAUACCUUUGCUCAGGCAGCGUAAAGAUCAAAACGAAUCAAGGCUGGGCAGGAGUGUGUGAGGAUGGCUUGGACUUGGAAGCUAAGACAGUCGUCUGUUCGGAGCUCGGCUGCGGGCCUCCCUCACAUAAUCAUAGGUCGUUUGGAAGAAGAGCGGAAGGAGGGCUGCUUUCUUCCAGAAAGUUCCAGUGCAAAGGCAACGAGACUCGCCUCCAGGACUGUGCCACAUCAACCCUGGAAGAAUGUGAACCAGCUCUUGCAGUUACAUGCCAAAAUCGUCAGGAUUUCCAACUGGUGGGCGGAGACAGCAGAUGCAAUGGUAUUGUGGAGGGGAAGGACAAGGGAGAGUGGAGGCCACUGGAAGACCGAUGGAGGCUCUGGAAAACAGAACACUCUGCUCAGCUGUGCACACAUCUGGGCUGUGGAAGUGUUAUUUCAAUGAAAAGACAUUAUCUACCCAGAAGGAAGCCUAUGUGGGCGCUGGACCAUCAUUGUGAAGACAGCGGUCGAUCAAUUUGCACUUCAUGGAGGUCUUCCACAUCAGAGCGUCUGAUGACUGUGGCUUGUUCAGACACCGUUCGACUCCUGGAAGGAAGGGACAGAUGUUCAGGCAAUCUGAUGGUCAGGUCUUCUCAGUCAUGGUCACCGAUGUGUAACUCCGUCUUCAACCCAGAGAACGCGUUUGUUGUAUGUCGGGAACUUGGUUGUGGAGUUCCUCGGGAUUAUCACAGAAUGACGUCGUCCCCCGGGCAAGAUAUGCAAGUGUGGAGUCCUGACUUUAAAUGUAAAGGCAACGAGGAGAAACUUCAGGAAUGUCCCUCAUUCUCAUUUAACAGCACUGAGGAGAAUUGCGGCAAAAUGUACAUCACCUGUAUCGAGCAUCCAGUAAAACCACAAGCAACUGUGUACACCGCCCACAGUGACGGAAUGUAUGUCCUGAGGGGCCAUCGCUUUGCCAUCACCUGCAGCCACAACACGCUCUACACAAUACAAUCCUUCCGUCUAACAAAAAGACUUCACGUGGGGGACCCCACUGUGUGGACGGAACCGGCUGUUGAUAAUUCCGCCACCUUCCUAUUCCCUGCUGCAGAGGAUUCCCACAAGGGUUUCUACGACUGUGAUUACAACUACCAACUCAGUUCAGCAACGUUCUCUGAAACGAAAACAAUAUCAAUCACCGUUCAAGAACCCCAUGAUCUGAGGUUGAUGGAAGGAGGCAGCCAGUGUGCUGGCAGGCUUGAAGUGAAACAUGUCAAGGAGUGGAGGCCAGUAAGUUACCAGAACAACUGGAGUCUGAAGGAAGCAGCGGUGGUGUGCAGACAGCUCGAGUGCGGCUUGGCUGUUUCAACCACAAAACAGGACAAAACAUCACAACCUGAGCCUGUGUGGCAUUUUUAUUCUGAUUGUGACGGUUCUGAGCUGGCACUGAUGGAUUGUGGGACUGUGAAGAACCAGCAAUCUUCUAGGACGGUUGAAGUGGUCUGCAUGGACGUCCUGCCUCGGCCUAAAAUCACCUUGUUCUCCGGCUACACGGGUGAGAAGCACCGGGACGUGAAGCUCAUCAGGGGCUACAGCUUCACCAUCAAGUGUUCCGUGGAGCCAUGGUACCCCGACGGUCACUUCAGCCUGAACUUUAAUAGCCUCAAUCAGACUCUCAGCCGCAGGCAGCCGGCUGUCAAUCACUCUGCCCGCUUUGUGUUUCCAAUUGCACACGCGCCGCAUGCUGGAAACUACACUUGUGUCUAUCACAACUUUGUUUUUGGGCAGAAUUUCUCCUCUGCGAGCCACGGUCUCUCUCUUAGCAUCUCAGAUGAUUUAGAUGUGAUGUUGGAUGACGGACAGCCCCGACGCAAUGGGAGCAUCUCCUGUGCUGGAAAACUGCAUGUGCAUCAUAAAAACCAGAUGAGGGCGCUGGGCGCAGAGUCGUCAUCCUGGGAUCUGAAGCAAGCUUCUGUGGUGUGCAGACAGUUGGGGUGUGGCGCCGCCCUCUCAACCGAAGCCUGCCAUCUUCCCAACAAAGAAGCCGUGUGGCGUUUCUUCUCAGACUGCGAUGGAUCGGAGUCUGCGCUGAUGGACUGCGGGAACGUCGCUCAUUGGUUUUCCUCCUCAGCGGUUGUGGUGGUUUGUGAAGUAAGCAGCCGGGAGCAGGGAGGGGAAGAGGAUUGGGAGUGACGGCAGCGUCACGACAUGCCGAAAGACAUUUUGUAAAAGCUUGUUAAAAACAUUAAAAACGUUGUUUAACCUGCA